CCAGAAUGGUGAUAUAUAACAGCCUCCCCUGGUAUACCACACCAUCAUCGCCAACACUUUCACUGUCCUGCUCUGCCUCACGACCACCGUUGCACAGUUUGUAUUGUGUGGGUUUGUAAAAGCCAGUCACAAUGCCGGGUGGAUAUAAAGGAGAGUGUGGGGAUGAAGUGGAUCCCAUGCCCUUCCUGGCUCCCCCUGAGAAGGAGAAACUGGAGGCCAUGGCCAAGCCCUACGACAUCAAGAAGUCCUGCUGGGUGAAGGAUGACAAAGAAGGCUAUAUUGCUGGCGAGAUCCAGUCUGAAGAGGGUGAUAAAGUCACUAUCAAGACUGUCAAAAACACUACUGUCACCAUGAAGAAGGAUGACAUUCAACAAAUGAACCCACCCAAGUUCUAUCAGGCGAGUGACAUGGCUAACUUGACCUUUCUGAAUGAAGCCAGUGUGAUGGACAACCUUCGCCAGCGCUAUAUCCAUAUGAGAAUCUAUACAUAUUCUGGCCUGUUCUGUGUAACUGUCAAUCCUUACAAGUGGCUCCCCAUCUACGGUGGCAAAGUUGCCCAAUUGUUCAAGGGGAGGAAGCGCAAUGAAGUGCCCCCCCAUCUCUUCUCCAUCUCAGACAAUGCCUAUCAUGACAUGCUGAUGGAGCAUGAAAAUCAGUCUAUGCUUAUCACUGGAGAAUCUGGUGCUGGCAAGACUGAGAACACCAAGAAGGUCAUUCAGUACUUUGCCAAUGUGGGUGCAGUUACUGGAAAACAAGUCCCAGAUUCCAAGGGCUCCCUGGAAGAUCAAAUCAUCCAGGCUAACCCUGUACUUGAAGCAUUUGGUAAUGCCAAAACCACCAGGAACAACAAUUCCUCCAGAUUUGGUAAAUUUAUACGAAUCCAUUUUGGACCAACAGCUAAGCUGGCUGGAGCUGAUAUUGAGAGCUAUCUACUGGAAAAAUCUCGUGUCAUCUCUCAACAAGCUGCAGAACGUGGGUACCACAUCUUCUACCAGCUGCUUUCAGGAAAGAUACCAGAACUGAUUGAGGCACUGCUACUGAUUAAAGACCCUUCUCAUUAUACGUGGAUCGCCCAGGGUGUGACAGUGGUGGACAACAUGGAUGAUGGUGAAGAGUUGAUGCUCACUGAUGUGGCCUUUGAUGUGCUGGGUUUCACUCCAGAGGAGAAAAGGAGCAUCUAUAAUCUGACUGGUGGGAUCAUGCACUUUGGCAACAUGAAAUUUAAGCAGAAGCCAAGAGAGGAGCAGGCUGAGGUUGACACGACUGAGGUGGCUGACAAAGUUGCCCAUCUGAUGUCAAUCAACUCUGGUGAGCUGCAGAAGGGCAUCACCAGGCCUCGUGUGAAAGUGGGAAAUGAGUUUGUGACCAAAGGUCAGAACCAGGACCAGUGCGUCUACUCCAUCGGUGCCCUGGGCAAAGCCAUCUAUGACAGAAUGUUCAAAUGGAUGGUCGUCAGAAUCAACAAGACCCUGGACACCAAGAUGCAGCGCCAGUAUUUCAUUGGUGUACUGGAUAUUGCUGGCUUCGAGAUCUUUGAGUACAACAGUUUUGAACAGUUGUGCAUCAACUUUACGAAUGAGAAACUGCAACAAUUUUUCAACCACCACAUGUUUGUGCUGGAACAAGAGGAGUACAAGAAGGAGGGCAUUGAUUGGGUCUUCAUUGAUUUUGGUCUGGACCUGCAAGCCUGCAUUGAACUUCUGGAGAAGCCAAUGGGUAUCUUCUCCAUCCUUGAAGAGCAGUGUGUGUUCCCCAAAGCCAGUGAGCAAACCUUCAAGGCUGCCCUGUAUGAUAAUCAUCUGGGCAAAUCCAACAACUUCCUCAAGCCCAAAGGAGGGAAGAAAGGCCCUGAGGCUCAUUUUGAACUGGUCCAUUAUGCUGGCACAGUUGGAUACAAUAUCUCAGGCUGGCUGGAGAAGAACAAGGACCCCUUGAAUGAAACCGUGGUUGGACUGUUCCAGAAGUCCUCCAUGCCUCUCCUGGCCACCCUUUUCAAAGAGGAGGAAGCUGCCGCUGGGGCCAAGAAGCAAAAGAAGGGGUCAUCUUUCCAGACUGUGUCUGCUUUCUACAGGGAGCAGCUGAACAAGCUGAUGGCUACUCUGCGCAGUACUGCCCCCCACUUUGUGCGUUGCAUUGUACCUAAUGAGUUCAAACAAUCAGCUGUUUGUGAUGCACACCUCAUUCUACAUCAACUGGCCUGUAAUGGUGUACUGGAGGGGAUCCGUAUCUGCAGAAAAGGUUUCCCCAACAGGCUGCAGUACCCAGAAUUCAAGCAAAGAUACUACAUCCUGAACCCCAACGUUGUGCCCAAAGGAUUUGUGGACAACAAAAAAGCCUCAGAGUUGAUUCUUGGUACUACUGGCUUAGACGAUCUUGAGUACAGAAUUGGGCACACUAAGGUGUUCUUCCGUGCGGGAGUGUUGGCCAAGCUGGAGGACAUGCGAGAUGACCGCCUGGCAAAGAUUAUGACCAUGCUCCAGUCCCGUGCACGAGGAUUCCUGAUGAGGAUUGAGUUCAAGAAAAUGCUUGAGAGAAGAAUUGGUCUCAUUGCUAUCCAGCGCAAUGUGCGUAAAUUCCUGCAGCUUCGCUACUGGGGAUGGUGGAAGCUUUACACCAAGGUCAAGCCACUGCUGAAUGUGGCUCGUCAGGAAGAUGAAAUGAAGGCCAAAGAAGAAGAGCUGCGUCAGCAAGCUGAGAAGGCCCAUGAGAUGGUCAGCAGGGUCAAAGAACUGGAGGAGAAGUUGGCUGCUGUCUCCCAAGAGAGGAAUGACCUUGCGUUGGCUCUGACAGGCGAACAAGAAACCUUGGCAGACGCAGAAGAGCGCUGUACUCAGCUGAUGAAGCAGAAGGUUAACAUGGAGGGUCAGAUCCAGGAAAUGAAAGAGCGCCUGGAGGAGGAGGAGAAUACAGCCAGCAGCCUGAGUGCAAACAAGCGUAAGCUAGAUGCAGAGCUUAAUGACCUCAAGAGGGACUUGGAGGGACUGGAAUCCACAUUGGCUAAGACUGAGAAGGAAAAACAGAGCCUGGACCAGAAAGUGCGAAGUCUAACAGCUGACCUGGAACAGAGGGACGACACCAUUUCAAAGCUCCAAAAGGAGAAAAGAGCUUUAGAAGAGCUGCAUCAGAAAACUCUUGAUGACCUUCAAGCAGAGGAGGACAAGGUGAACCACCUCACUAAGGCCAACGGCAAGCUCACCACUCAGAUACAUGAGCUUGAAGACAACUGGGAACAAGAAAAGAAAAUACGUGCUGAGGUGGAGAAAGCUCGUCGCAAAGCAGAGGGUGACCUAAAAAUGACAAUUGAAAACCUAAACGAAAUGGAGAGAUCCAAGAUUGAUCUGGAAGAAGUUGUGAAAAAGAGGGACAUUGAGAUCAACCAUAUGAACAGCAAAUGGGAGGAUGAGCAGUCGCUGAACUCUACACUGCAGAGGAAGCUCAAAGAGCACCAGGCUCGCAUUGAAGAGUUGGAAGAAGAGUUGGAAGCUGAGAGGGCUGUACGAGCCAAGGUGGAGAAACAGCGAGCUGAAAUAUCUCGUGACCUGGAAGACCUUAGCGACAGACUGGAGGAAGCAGGGGGGGCUACAGUUUCUCAGAUUGAGCAAAACAAGAAGCGGGAAGGGGAGCUGCUGAAGCUGCGCCGGGAGCUGGAGGAGGCCGCCUUGCAGUCUGAGGCCACUGCCUCUGCCCUGCGCAAGAAGCACUCUGACGCCAUGGCCGAGAUGGCUGAGCACGUAGACAAUCUGCAGCGCGUGAAGGUCAAACUGGAGAAGGACAAGCAAGUCAUGAAGGCUGAGAUCGAUGAUCUCAAUGCCAGCAUUGAAUCAGUCCAGAAGGCAAAGCUGAACUCUGAGGCUCAUGUUCGCAAAUUGGAGGACGUUGUGUCUGAAGCCAAUGCCAGACUUGCAGAGAUGGAGAGAAACAACACAGAGCUAAAUGCCUUCAAGAUCCGUCUCUCUGCUGAAACCAGUGAUCUGGGCCGUGAUCUGGAGGAGGCGCAGAGCAAGCUCAGCCAGCUGGCCCGUGUGAAGUCCACACUGACUUCCCAGACCGACGAGCUCAAGAGGCAGUUAGAUGAGGAGACAAAGUCUCGUAGCAUGGCUGUGGUAGGCCUGGCCAAUGCUCGGCAUGACCUAGACCUGAUGAAGGAGCAGCUAGAGGAGGAGCAGGAGGGCAAGGCUGAGAUGCAGCGCCUGAUCUCCAAGCUUAACUCUGAGGUCACCACCUGGAGGACCAAGUAUGAGACUGAUGCCAUCCAGAAAACAGAAGAGCUGGAGGAGACCAAGCGAAAGCUGGCUGCCAGGCUCCAAGAGGCAGAGGAGGCUGCAGAAGCAGCCCAGGCUCGAGCUGCCAGUUUAGAGAAGACGAAGCUCAGGCUGCAGGGAGAGGUGGAAGAUCUCACCAUUGAAUUGGAGAAGGCCAAUGCUGCUGCUGCAGCUCUGGACAAGAAGCAGCGCACUUUUGACAAGAUGAUCGCUGAGUGGAGUCAGAAGUGUGAAGAACUGCAGCUGGAGCUUGACAGCUCCCAGAAGGAAUGUCGUCUCCACAUGACAGAGGUCUACAAACUCAAGACCGCCUAUGAAGAGGCACAAGACCACUUUGAGAGUGUGAAGAAGGAAAACAAGACCCUCUCAGAGGAGAUCAAAGACCUUGUGGAUCAGCUGGGUGAGGGUGGAAAGAGUGUCCACGAGCUGCAAAAAGCAAAGAAGAAGUUGGAGAUUGAAAAGGAUGAACUGCAAAUGGCCUUGGAGGAAGCUGAAGCUACUGUGGAGGUUUCAGAGAGUAAAGUGAUUCGCAUACAGCUGGAGCUAGCUCAAGUCAAGGCUGACAUUGAUCGCAGAAUUCACGAAAAGGAGGAAGAAUUUGAAGUUACAAGGAAGAACCACCAGCGUGCUGUGGAGUCCCUGCAGGCCAGCCUGGAGGCAGAGGCUAAGGGCCGUGCUGAGGCACUGAGGCUGAAGAAGAAGAUGGAAGCUGACCUGAAUGAAAUGGAGAUCCAACUGGAACAUGCCAACAAGAACAAUAGUGAACUAGUCAAGACUCUCAAGAAGAUGCAGCAGCAGAUCAAGGACAUGCAGAUACAGAUGGAUGAGGAUGCCCGCAGGCACGAGGAGCUGAGGGAGCAGUACAGCCUGCAGGAGCGGCGCUUCAGCCUGCUGCAGACUGAGAUUGAGGAGGUGCGCAGCGGGCUGGAGGCCUCAGAGCGCUCCCGCAAACUCAUCGAGCAGGAGCUGGUGGAGGUCUCUGAGAGACACAAUGAGCUCAAAACACAGAACCAAAGCCUAAUUAUCAUCAAACGUAAAAUGGAGACAGACAUGACACGCAUCGUUAAUGAAAAUGAGGAAUUGAUCAGUGAAUUCCGCGCUGCAGAUGAGAGAGCUAAGAAAGCUGUUGCCGAUGCCACACGCAUGGCAGAAGAGCUGCGACAGGAGCAAGACCACUGCAUGCACCUGGAAAAGAUUAAGAAGAACAACGAGAUCGCCAUCAAAGAUCUGCAGCUCAAGGUGGAGGAAGCAGAACUACUGGCCCUUAAGGCUGGGAAACGCACAAUCCAGAAACUGGAAACCAAGAUAAAGGAGCUGGAGACUGACCUUGACUCAGAGCAGAAGCGUCAUGUUGAGACCAUGAAGUCCCUGCACAAGAAUGAGCGUCGCCUCAAGGAGCUGGUCUUCCAGACUGAGGAGGAUCACAAGACCAACCAGCGCAUGCAAGAGCUGGUGGAGAAACUGCAGAAUAAACUGAAGUCCUACAAGAGGCAGCUUGAAGAAGCUGAGGAGCAGGCAAAUGUGAGCCUGUCCAAGUACAGGAAAACAAUGAAUGAACUGGACGAUGCUGAAGAGAGGGCAGGUAUGGCUGAGUCUGCUCUGACCAAGCUGCGUACCCGGAACCGUGCCUCUGUGGGGAAGGGCUUCACCUCUGUGGAGAUCAUUCAGGUGUCCAAGUCCUCCUCCUCUAAGACUGCUUCUGAAGAAUAAAUAACUACACACUGCUGGGUGACAUACACUCCACUCCAAUCAUUUUCCAUCUGGAAAGGUACAUCAAGAAGCUGAGAGGCCCAUUUGGAGAUCACCAUGUGUGCAGAAAUACAAGUGUGCAAUAAUACAAAGUAUCAUUGAUGUACAAAUGGGAAGUAAUUGGGGGGCUUCACUCUCAUGUCAAAGAUAGAGAAUGGAACACAGUAUAUCACUCUGCUUUGUAAUGCUGCAAAGUAUUAAUAAAACCCAAUGCAAUGUC